UGGCUUUUGUGAUAGAGAGGCAGAGAACAAAGCCGAGGCGAAGGCCGAGCUGUUGUACUCAUUUUCUGCAUUUGGUUGCUUAGGGUUUCCUCAAUUCAUCCUUCUCUUCCGAUUGAGGCCCACACAAUCCCCAAUUUCCUCCAAAUACUUCAGGGCAGAUCUCACAUUUUUCCCAAUGGCGCAGGUCAUGAACAUGCCCCUCGACUCCCUCGAAAAGCCCGACAAAUCCCCCUCCGCCACCGCCGACGCCGUCGCUGACGAUGACUCUGCGCCACCACCGCCACCACCUCCGCCUCCGUCGCAGCCCCAACAGACUUUGCCCGUUAGGCGGAGGGACAGAGAUUCCAGGGAGAGGAUGGACGAUAGGGACGGCGAUCGCCCUCGUAAUCGCCGCGGCAGCGGCGCCGAUAACUACGACCGGAACCUGUCUCCUCCGCCACGGGACCGAGAGAGGGACUUCAAGCGCCGCCGUAGCCCCAGCCCUCCUUACCGCGACCGCCGCCACUCACCGCCGCGCCGCUCCUCUCCGCCAUUGCAUUUCAAGCGCUCUCGGAGAGAUGAUGGCGGCUAUGAUAGGCGGGGAAGUCCCCGUGGUGGGUUUGGCCCAGAUGACAGAAGGUUUGGCUAUGAUUAUAUUGGUGGUUAUGAACGGAUGGGAGGCCGGCCUGGAUAUCCUGAUGAAAAAUCUCAUGGUCGGUUUAUGAAUCGUUCAGGUGGCUAUCAAAACAUGCCUUUUGAUUGGGAAUCUAAUCGUGGUGGUUAUGCUGACUUGUUAGACACAGGAAGUAAACAAAGAGAAGGUUUGAUGUCCUAUAAGCAAUUCAUUCAGGAGCUUGAAGAUGAUAUAUUGCCAGCUGAAGCUGAGCGCAGGUAUCAAGAAUAUAGAUCAGAAUACAUUUCUACUCAGAAGCGUGCCUUCUUUGAUGCUCAUAAGGAUGAGGAGUGGUUGAAAGACAAGUACCAUCCAACAAAUUUACUUGCAGUCAUUGAAAGGAGGAAUGAAAAUGCUCGACGGAUGGCAAAGGAUUUUUUACUUGAUUUGCAGAGUGGAACCUUGGACAUAGGCCCUGGUGUAAAUGCCUCAUCAUCAAACAAAUCAGGGCAAACCAGUGAUCCAAACUCUGAUGAUGAAACUGAGACUGGUGGCAAACGAAGACGACAUGGUAGGGGACCGAUCAAAGAAAGUGAUCUUUCGACUGCUGCAGUGGCUCAUCCAAACAGUUCUGAGCCUAGACGAAUACAAGCUGAUAUAGAACAAGCACUGGCUCUUGUGCGCAAGCUUGAUUCUGAAAAAGGGGUUGAAGAUAAUAUUUUAUGCAGUGCUGAACAAAAAAAGACGGACAGUGAUAAAUCUCACAGUGGAUCCAUGGGCCCUAUUAUAAUCAUACGAGGUUUAGCAUCUGUCAAGGGCCUUGAAGGAAUUGAGCUAUUGGACACAAUUCUUACUUAUCUUUGGCGUAUCCAUGGUUUGGAUUACUAUGGCAUGGUUGAAACAAGUGAAGCCAAGGGUCUUCGGCAUGUGAGAGCAGAGGGAAAGGGUCAUGAAGAAAAUAGUAAAGCUGGGGCUGACUGGGAAAAGAAAUUAGACUCUCGUUGGCAAGACAGGUUGAGGGGUCAGGAUCCCUUGGAAACGAUGGCUGCUAAAGAGAAGAUAGAUGCAGCAGCUGUUGAAGGUUUAGAUCCAUAUGUACGAAAAAUAAGAGAUGAGAGGUAUGGAUGGAAGUAUGGUUGUGGAGCCAAGGGUUGCACAAAGCUCUUCCAUGCAGCUGAAUUUGUGCAUAAGCAUCUGAAGUUGAAACACCCUGAACUCGUCAUGGAUCUGACUACGAAAGUGCGUGAGGAUCUGUAUUUCCAAAACUAUAUGAAUGAUCCAGAUGCUCCUGGUGGGACACCUGUCAUGCAGCAGCAGCUGCUGAAAGACAGGCUACAGAGGCGUAGGCCUGGUAUGGAUAAUCGAUUGAAAGAUGAUCGUGGUAACAGGAGGGAACAUGACAGGAUUGAAAGAAUUAACGACGGUGAACGGUUUGAUAGGACUGAUAACUCUCCACCCCAUGAUCGACAGUCCAAAGGUGGUGGCUUGGAAGGAGGAAAUCUUGAUGAAUCCAUGUAUGAUACUUAUGGUGGGAAAGACUUGGGUGUCAUUCCGUCUUUUCCCUCAGAUAUGGGUCCUCCUCCAGUCUUGAUGCCUGUACCUGGUGCUGGGCCUUUGGGACCUUUUGUUCCUGCACCACCUGAGGUUGCAAUGCGUAUGUUAAGGGAGCAGGGAGGCUCAUCCUCAUAUGAAGGUGGUAGACAAAUGCGUACUGGUCCCCAUAUUGGGGGACCGGCACCGAUCCUUGGUGUAUCAUCUGCUUUUAGACAAGAUCCUCGGCGAUUGCGAAGUUAUCAAGAUCUGGAUGCCCCAGAGGAUGAAGUGACCGUGAUAGACUACAGGAGCUUGUAGGUAUUAGAGGGUUUUUUUUUUUCUCCAAAUGCAUUGAUCAUCAGAUGGGUUUUUGUAUGUGAUAAACAGUUGUUCCUUUCUCCUGGUGUAGUAUGCCAUUGUGGGCUGUGAGGUCUCUUUACACUCUUUUUGAGGGCAAAGGCUUAAGUGACUUUUGUCAGAACGAUUUUGGCUUUUAGGAUUUUAUUACAGGGCGGAAGGGCAUUGGAGUUGCUAAAAGACUUUAAUUUACUAAUUGGCUUCCAGUCAAUGUGGACUCUAUUAUUUGUACUGCUUCAUUGCCGGCUAUGUACUGAAGAAGAGAAUUUACUUUUAGAAUGGGAAAAGAAAGAGCAAAAAUCUUUGGGCAAUA